CCUAUAUAACCCGUGCACAUGAGGGGGAUGAGAAGGGCACGAGAGAAGACCAGCGGCCACAGGCGAUGAUGUCUUCCACCCUGCCGACGGGGCCGCUCGACCCAUCUCUACUCACCACCCUCUUCAUCAUACUCGUGCCUCUCUCUUUGCUGCUGCUUCUGCUGCAGGUCAAGAGGAACUCCCGUGGGCAUCCCCCGUGCCCGCCGGGGCUUCCCCUCAUCGGCAACCUCCACCAGCUGGGCCCACUACCGCACCGCUCCCUCCACGCCCUGUCGCAGCAACACGGCCCGCUCAUGCUGCUUCGCCUGGGCCAGGUGCCGGUGCUCGUGGUCUCCUCGCCGGACGCAGCCAGGGAGGUGCUGCGCAACCAGGACCGCGCAUGCGCCGGCCGGCCAGCUCUCAAGGCGGCCCGAAUCCUCUUGUACGGGUGCAAGGACUUGGCCUUCGCGCCCUACGGCGACUACUGGAAGCAGCUCCGAAAGAUCUGCUCCGUCCACCUGCUGAGCCCCAAGAGGGUGCAGUCGUACAGGCUAAUGAGGGAGGAGGAGGUGGAAUCCAUGAUGGGAAAGAUCUCGUCCCAGGCUUCGGCUUCGGCGAACGUCAUCGACUUAUCCGAGGUCUUGUACUCUUUCACCAACGAUGUACUCUGUCGAGUUGUUUCAGGGAAGUUCACGAGAGAAGAAGGGAGGAAUCGCCUGUUCUCCGAGCUGGUCGGCGAGAACUCGGCGCUUACGUCCAAGAUCUUCGUGGGUGACUACAUCCCGUGGCUGGGGUGGCUGGAUAUGUUCUUCGGCAGUGUGGCCAGAUGCAACAAGAACAAAGCGAGGUGGGAUAAGUUGCUAGAUGAGGUGAUUAAGGAACAUGCAGUUCGGUCGGUGCAGCAUGGUGGGGAGGAAAACGACGGUGAGGAGAAGGAUUUCGUGGAUGUUCUGCUCUCUCUGCAGAAAGAUGCAGCGAUGGACUUCGCCCUCACAACUGAAGAUAUCAAGGCACUUCUGGUGGACAUGUUCGGCGCCGGCACCGACACAUCGUACAUAACCCUGGAAUGGGCCAUGGCGGAGCUCAUCCGGAGUCCCCGAGCGAUGCGGAAAUUACAAGACGAAGUGAGAAGAGGAAGAGGCAGCGGGGAGGGAUUGGUCAGAGAGGAGGAGGUGAGCCAGAUGGCGUACCUGAAAGCGGUCGUGAAGGAGGUCCUCCGGCUGCACCCUCCUGCCCCGUUGCUGGUCCCGCGCGAGCUGCUGGAGGAUUGCAGCAUACAAGGGUACAGCAUCCCCAAGAAGGCGCGCGUCUUCGUGAACGCGUGGGCGAUGGGCAGAGACCCGCGGAGCUGGGAGUCGCCGGAGGAGUUCCGGCCGGAGAGGUUCGCGGACGGCGCAUUGGACUUCACGGGCAACGAUGUCCGGUACGUGCCGUUCGGAGCAGGCCGAAGGAUUUGCCCCGGGCAAAACUUCGCCGUCGCUGCUCUGGAGCUGGCGCUGGCGAACCUGGUGAGCCGCUUCGACUGGGAGCUGCCUGGUGGAUUGACGAGGGAGGAGCUGCAAAUGAACGAGGCCCCUGGAACCACAAUACAACGACAAGGACGGCUUCAUCUUGUUGCUAAACCAUGGGGUGCUUAGAAAAGGAAACUAGUAAUAACUUGUUGCGUGCAUGCUAUGACGUAAAUGAUGCAUAUGAACUCCGAACGUGAGCAUUAUCAUAAGCCCAUCGAACGAUACCACAAUGUUCCUCAAACUGUGAUGCUUAAACACUUGUAUCGACCUUUCGGCAUUCUAAUGUUGGUGCUUCAAUAAUA